AUGGCAUAUGGUAACUUCCUUAUACUGAAAGGGGGUAAAGAAGCUAAGGAAAGUAACCGAAUGCUGCACAGUGUUGUUCAGGAAGCUCUCGGCACCCACGGUUACGAGAUGCGUGAUGCUGUGACUUUGGUGCGAAGCCGUGAUGAUGUUGCCGAACUUCUGCAGCUUAAGGUCAGACUUUUCGAGUGGCGGCUAACUACAGUAUGA